UAUAAAGACCGUCGGUUGACCGAUAGCUACUGGCAAGUCUUCCACCGAUAUACAAAUUUGACGUCCAGCCGACGAUACAGUACGUAGAAUACCAUCAUUAUUUGAGCGCAUUACCCAAGAUGUCCGGCCAAGAUACAAGCACAGAGUCAGGUAGCAAGGCUAACAGUGCACGCUCCUCCCAGCGGCAAGACACCGAAUGUCCCAUUGACUCGGGUGAUGAGGACGUGAAGGACGACGAGGCCGACGACGAUGCCUCGAUAAAAGCUAUCAGUCGUAGCCGCACCAACAAGUUCCCCUUUGAGACCGACGAAGAAGACGAUGGUAACGUCUCGGACGAGUCAGUGAGCUCCACGAGGGGUAUCAGACGUCGAUACACUGGAUGGGGCGAGAGUCAAGAUCCUGCAAACGAGACUGAGGAAGUACAUUACGCCGAGUCUGACGAUGAGCAAGCCAAAAUCACCAAGACGCAACUAGCGACGGAAGUCCAGGCGACGGAGAAAUCCGCGUCAGAUGAAGUCUCUACCGUGUAG